CUCACAUUUAACAAAAACCCACCAAUUCACUUUCUCAACAAAUUAGAAAAUUUCAUAAGACCAAUAAAAAAAAAAAACAUUUAUAGUGAAUUGUUGGCCUUCUGGAAAGUAUGUUCAUUUAUGUACUCAAUACUUGGUAGGGGCUCCUUUUGCUUUAAUUACUGCCUCAAUUCGGCGUGGCAUGGAGGUGAUCAGUUUGUGGCACUGCUGAGGUGGUAUGGAAGCCCAGGUUUCUUUGACAGUGGCCUUCAGCUCAUCUGCAUUUUUUGGUCUCUUGUUUCUCAUUUUCCUCUUGACAAUACCCCAUAGAUUCUCUGUGGGGUUCAGGUCUGGUGAGUUUGCUGGCCAGUCAAGCACACCAACACCAUGGUCAUUUAACCAAGUUUUGGUGCUGAGUUUUUUCAGUUGGUGGCACUAAUGCACCUAAAGCUGGCCUGCCAACCUCCAACAAACAGAAAAGAAGAAGAAGAAGACAUCACCAUGGCCCCUCACUCUCUUUCACUCACUCUCUGUUGAGUCAGCGUUGAGAUCUGCCCAUCCUGCCACACUGCAGUUUGCUUUAAAUGAAGCUCCUCCCAUGGCAAUUCACCAAUAAAUGCUGGAAUAUUCCCACUGGUCUAUGAGUGAAGAAGAUCUGCUCCUCCUACCACAAGUACUUUACCUUCAGUGAAGCUCCUCCCACAGAAAUUCACCAAUAAAAGUUGGAAUAUUCCCAUCAGUGAAGAAGAGUUUUCAGUGACAACAGAAGUGAUCCAGAACCCUGCAAAAUGAAACCUGAAAAUACUAAAGAACAGAGAGACCUGAUGGAAGAGAAUGAGGAGGGUGAAGAACUGAGUGAAGCAGAAGAAAAACAUGUCAAAACUGGAGUAAAACAAGCUCAACGUAAGUUUUUACUGAGAAGAACCCCCCCCCAAAAAAAGAGUUUCCCAUACAAGCAAAGUCUUAAAGUUCACAUGAGAGAUCAUAGUGAAGAGAAGCCGUACACAUGUGAUCAAUGCGGGAAGAGUUUUACACAAAAGGGACACCUUAAGAGACACAUGAUAAUCCACACCGGAGAGAAACCAUACACAUGUGAUCAGUGCGAGAAGAGUUUUGCAUAUGAAAGCACUUUUAAAAGACAUUUGCAAUCUCAUUCUGGAGAAAAAACAUUUAACUGUGAUCAGUGUGGCAAAACAUUUUUUAAUGCAGCUCAUUUGAAGAUCCACUCGAAUGUUCAUACAAAGGAGAAGCCUCACAUGUGUUCCUUGUGUGGAAAGAGUUUUUCACGGAUGGGUACUUUAAAAUUACACCAGAAAAGACACAGCGGUGUGAAGAAUCAUGCAUGUGUUGAUUGCGGGAAGACCUUCUUUACAGAUGCUGAACUGAAAAAGCACCUGACAAUUCACAAUGGAGAAAAACCUUACAAGUGUUCACACUGUGACAAGAGAUUCAGUCGAUCAGAUUGUCUGAAAUCACACGAUAAGAUCCACACUGGAGAGAAGCUGCACAUGUGAUCAGUGUGGAAAGAGUUUUACACAUCAAUCAAACCUUAAGGUUCACAAGAAAAGCCACACUGGAGAGAAACUGCACACAUGUGAUCAAUGUGGGAAGAGUUUUACACUAAAAACAUCCCUUA